AUUUUAUACCGAUAUCAUAUAUAUGGGAAAUUUACUGAUGAAAUGCAAAGAAUGCUUUUAAAUGUUCAAACCAAAACCAGUAUCUUAGAUAUAAACUCAUCAAUUAGUCAAUUUUUCAAAUAAUCCAGCUGAAGAAACUUAAGGAAAAAUAAAUGCUUAAUAAAUAAGUGAAUUCAAUUUUAAUAAUUAGGUUUCACAUAAGAUCCUACUUAAUCAAAUGAAAGAACAAUGUCAUAAGCAGAUGAAAAAAAUGAAAAUGAUAUUACACUUGAAACUGUUUCGAAUAAAUAAAAUUCAGCACUUCGCUCUCCAUAAAUGAAUUCAAAUUAAAAUCAUAAAGAAUAAGAAUAAUUUAUGCUUAAUGAAGAAUGCAAAACUAAUCCUAGUAUUGACUCUCCAUAUCCACUCUCUUUUAAGGAAGGAUAGUUAAUAACAUUACCUAGCAUAAAUAAUAUUAAUUUAACAGAAUUACAAUUUUAUGCAUAAGAUGCUUUAACAAAUUUUAUUGAAAUUGUUAAUAAGGAUUUAAAUGAUGGUAGUGGUGAAUUUCUAGUAAAUGGUUAAGAUAUUGAUUUAUAUGCCUCACACAAAAUGAGAAAUAAAAAAAUGUUUUUGAUAAUAAAGUAUUAAUGUUUAUAUUAUAGGUUUUCCUUUGAACUUAAUACUACUAUUACAACAUUCUUAAAUUGGUUGAAUGAAAAAUAACUCUUUAAUUUCGAUUUAAUCAAUACUUAUAAUUUAUAAAAACUUAACGAAGAAAUAUCUAUAGGCCAAAUUACAUUAAAUAGACAAGGAAUGAUCAAACAACAAUAUUUUACAUAUUUUAAAUCUAUUCGAUAAAUUAAUGAAAAUUAUUAUGUAGUAUUUUAAACAGUCAGAUUUCAAGAUCAAUUGUAUUUGAUUAAUCUAUAAUUAGUGAAGAAAAUUUAAAAUAAUUAUAAGAAGGUUAAUUAAUAUUAGGAGGUUUAAAACUAAGCUAGAAAAACAAUUCGAGUUUAAUAAUAAAAGGAUAUAUGGAUGUAGAUUUUGGAAUUAAAGUUGGAUUUAAUUUGACAUUAAAAACUAUCAGAGAAAAGGUAGUUACAUCAGUAAAUAAAUUAAGAGAAUUGUUUAAUUGA